GGUCUGCUGUUCGUCAUGCCUGAACCUGCGAAGUCCGCUCCUGCCCCGAAGAAGGGCUCCAAGAAAGCCGUUACCAAGGCGCAGAAGAAGGAUGGCAAGAAGCGCAAGCGCAGCCGCAAGGAGAGCUACUCCGUCUACGUCUACAAGGUGCUGAAGCAGGUCCACCCCGACACCGGCAUCUCGUCCAAGGCGAUGGGCAUCAUGAACUCCUUCGUGAACGACAUCUUCGAGCGCAUCGCCGGCGAGGCUUCCCGCCUGGCGCACUACAACAAGCGCUCGACCAUCACCUCCAGGGAGAUCCAGACUGCCGUGCGCCUGCUGCUGCCUGGAGAGCUGGCCAAGCACGCCGUGUCGGAGGGCACCAAGGCCGUCACCAAGUACACCAGCUCUAAGUGAGCAUACCUUCAGAUGACUAAAUAUUUUCACACCCCAAAGGCUCUUCUUAGAGCCAUCCAUCUUGUCAGAAAAUUAGCUGUAUUGUAUUGUUUAGGUUCUAUUGUGAGGUCUGCUAAGAGCUCUCAAAGUAAGCGAAACCAAUGUUUAAUCAAGAUUUGCUGCGAGGAAUAUCCUCAAGGACUCUGGUGCUGAAUACUUAAUUUUCAAGCUGGGAUUCGAGUCCAUGACUAGAAAUUCUGCGACUGAAGUAUCAAAGAAAGAGAAACAGACCACAAGUGGUAUCAAGUGGAGUAAAGGCGUGGACUGCCUAGAAGCAUCAAAAGAUUGAGAUGUUCAUGUUACUAUUGAAACUUUACCAGUUUUCUUUCCCUCCUGUAUAAGUUAGAACCUAACAGUAUGUUCAAUCAAGCGAGGUAACUGUCAGUUGCUUUAUCUAAUAAAAUUACAGUUAAUUUGUA